UGAUAACGUGUGGGUGCCACGAGAGGGGAAUACUUUCUUAUAAAUAGGGGUUGCUGCCAGAGGGAGGCGCAUUUCGGCUACGGAGCCAGGCUAUCGCUGAUUUCUCGCAAACGGACUAAAGUGUUACGCGCCCACACGCCAGCAAUGAUGGCGUUACAAAUGUUGCUACUCCUCGAAGUAAUUGUCAUUCUUUUCUCGCCUUCGUUGUCUUACCCGGUUUAUGGAACGAAAAGGUACGGCCGCUCUUCAGGCCAACGAGUCUCUUCUUGGGCGCCAUACCAAAUGGUGCGCACCCAGAGAUAUCCAGUAAACUACUAUGAAUUGUAUCCUUACAGCCAAGGCUAUCCCGACGACUACUAUCCUCAAGAAACCUACCCAGUCUACUACCCUCCGGCUAGAACCUCCAAAUACGAGGUGUACCAAGCUGUCCUUCCCUACUAUUACGGCGACCACAUCAUGACUCGCCCCAAUUACGGAUACUACGACACUGACCCCCUCGACAUCCAAGAAGAAAUGAUGCAAGAAGCCGAAAGAGAAGAACGCGAAGAAGCGCAACCGAUCGGACACGAACUCCUCUACGAAAAUGAAGACCCGAACGAAGAAAACCUGGAUGAUGUCAACGCUGCGUUCCUUCAAAACCUCAUCAUGUCACAAAUGUACAAAGAAGCCCUCGAUAACCAGAAAGAUUACUACGAUGACUACUACCCGAACGAAGAAUACGGCAAAUGGGAGGAUAUCCCGAAGCAAAAGUCGCGCUACAGCCAGGAAGACGAAGACGUUAGAGAGUUGAAACAGUUGGUCAAGUCGAAAAACAAGCCGAAUUUGAACGAGAUCCACUGGUUCCAGCACGGCAAUUUCCGCAAACAGAAAGAACAGCAAAGUAAAAAUAGCUUUACAGAGAAGCGCGAUAAAACUUUCGACAGAAAGCCAGUAAAUAAAUUGACGACAACGACGCCGCCGCCUCCGGCGACUUCUCUGGAGCCGAAGCGGGACGCGAGGGGCCAGAAAGAAGAAGUCUUGAUGCGUCCGGCGACUCCUGUGCGGCACCCGUUCUCCAGCCCCGUUCUUGAGAUGAUGUCGAAGGACGACGAGAGAAAGCGAACGCCGUCCGUCUACGACACCAUCAAGCAUAUGCUCGACAUGGAGAAGAGUCUUGAAAAUAAAUACGGAGCGGACGAGAUCAGACCGCACAUGAAGAAGCGGAUCAUUGCGAGCGAGGAGAGCCUCACCCACCAGCUGUCGGUGCUGAAGAAGGGGCAGUAAGAGAGAGAUUGGUAGAUUGUUGCAACUAAGACUGAAGAAUUAGUAUUAAUUUCGUUGUUGACAAUGUUAAGGUUGAUUGGCUUCAGUUCCACUGUCAUUUCGCUUCUCGUAAUCCUUCCAAUAUGGCUCUUUGCUGCCUGGGUGUACAUAUAAUAACAAUAAUCGUCGGUGUCAUUCUGUAUAUUGCGUGUCAAUUUCAAUUACUCAUUCCUCCGGGGUUACGUUGACUUUUUAUUUAACCGGUUCGGAAAAUGGGACACUUUGAUUUGAUUAUUUCCCUGCUGUUAAAUAAAAAGUUCCAGAGGAGACAAUAAUGGUUGUUUGUACGUUUAAGGAGAUGUUCUAGAGGUAACUCACGAAACUUGUUGUGGGCACAAUAAUCUCAGAUCGAUAUUACUGUUGAUUUCUGCAGCAAAGUAGGCAUUCACAUUAGAGCUUAAACCAUGACAGGGUGCCACGGUUUGUGGCUUUCGAAUCUUCGUUCAAGCACACAUUUUCCGGGCUUUAUUUUCAUAUAAUAGGCAGGACGGGUUGUCAGGGGCGUACGGAGACGCAUGUAUGCCUAUUAUAAUUCUUCACAUUGCAGACGCAAUCUGUGAUACAGAGAAACAAGGACUGUGCUUAUUACAGUAGUCUCAUUGUCGCAAAAUCGGUGUCCCAGUUUAGAUCAGUGUAGCCACACACAAUUUCGUUAAAGUGGCACAAUUUUCACUAGAAGAAGUGUUUGUUGUUCUCUAAUGAUUGUUGGAAUUUCUCGAAGCUCUUCCAUUAACGCGCUUUCAGUCAAUCAGUGCAAAUGCUUGUUGUUCCUUACAGCAUUAGAAGCUUCUCUAUUUUUUUAAUAGAUAUUCAUAGAGGAAGUAUAUUUUUGCCGGAUAUUUUCCCACCGGCACUUUUCGCAAUUUCCCGGUCUGGUUCUGUCAAUUCCGCGACAUAUCAGGCAACACUUUGCGUUCCCAAUGGGUCAGACUCUAUAAGAACGAACCAGAGGAAAAUUCCGAAUUUCAUCCAAUCAAAAUAUUUUGUAGUAGAUAAUAAUGGCAUUAGAAGCUGCUUCUUGUCGAUAUUAUUGACAAAGUCUGUGUCAAUGAUUGGGACAUAAAUGUGCAUUUUGAAAAUUAUUCGUCGUAAUUUCCAAAAUGUCGUAGCUGUUUUACUAGAGAAGAUAAAAUGUACAUAUCCCUGCAUAUUUUGUACCAAAUGUAAAUACUAUAUUUUGAUAUAUCGUAGGAAUAGCUGAAGUACUGUAAUAGUUCUAAACGAAAAGACACUCUUAUUCCGUCGAAUAAGACCUCACGCUAAUCUGUGUAUAUAAAGUAUUAAAUUAUUAUAACCUACUGACUGAUAUAAUAAAUGUCUUCAGAAUAAAAA